AGCGACGUCAUCGUCAUGGCCGCGACGUCCAUUAUCCUCGGACUGAUGAUCCUCAUCACGGUGAUCGGAAACGUCUUCGUAAUUGCGGCAAUUAUCCUGGAGAGAAAUCUGCAAAAUGUCGCCAACUACCUGGUCGCAUCUCUGGCCGUUGCUGAUUUAUUUGUGGCGUGUCUCGUCAUGCCACUGGGGGCGGUUUAUGAGAUUAGCCAAGGAUGGAUUCUCGGGCCUGAGCUUUGUGAUAUUUGGACCUCGUGCGAUGUUUUGUGCUGCACGGCCUCGAUAUUACACCUCGUCGCCAUCGCCACGGACAGGUACUGGGCCGUCACUAAUGUGGACUACAUGCACUCACGAACUGCCAAAAGGGUCUUCACGAUGAUCUUCUUGGUGUGGUUCGCGGCUGUUAUUGUGUCCCUGGCGCCGCAAUUCGGAUGGAAGGAUCCCGAGUAUAUGCAGCGGAUAGAGCAGCAAAAGUGCAUGGUUUCGCAAGAUGUGGCCUAUCAGGUUUUUGCAACAUGCUGCACAUUCUACGUUCCUCUAUUAGUUAUUUUAGUGCUGUAUUGGAAAAUAUAUCAGACGGCCCGGAAGCGAAUUCACCGUCGAAGGCCCAGACCACCAGUGGCGGGAAAUAACAAUCAGGCUGUUGAGGCGAAAACGAAAUCGCGGAUGCCCUUUCGCCUGGCCAGAUUCACGACACAGGGAAGAUCGACUCUGGGACUUGUGGAGGGAAACUCCACCAACACGGUCAACACAGUGGAGGACACUGAGUACAGCAGUAACGAGAAGAAGGGCAUCGAAGUUACGUCAUUCAACAAUUCGGACGAGGGCCCCGCCACGUCGGCGGCCAACCAAAUCACAACGGUGUCCCACUUCAUCGGGAAUCAGGGUGAGAACGGACAGAGUCACCAAGUGACUGUGACUGCUCCGACUGAUACUCCAAGCGCUCCCGCUCCCACAACGGCCACCAUUACGCCGUCCUCUGUGGCCAGCCAGCUGUCGACACCCACUCUGCAGCCUAACCAGGCACCUAGUCAAGUCUCCACGCCCAUCCAGCACAGCGCCUCGGCGUCCACCAUGAAUCCUCAUGCUCAGGUGUCGAAGCGCAAGGAAACCCUGGAGGCGAAGCGAGAGCGGAAGGCGGCCAAGACAUUGGCCAUCAUCACGGGAGCGUUCGUGGUGUGUUGGCUACCCUUCUUCCUCAUGGCUCUGCUCCUGCCCCUCUGCGAAUCUUGCCAUAUCAACGACUCCGUGGCGGCGUUCUUCCUCUGGCUUGGAUACUUUAACUCCACCCUCAAUCCCGUCAUCUACACCAUCUUCAGCCCUGAGUUCCGACAAGCCUUCAAGCGGAUCCUGUUUGGCGCCCACAGGAACUCCUACUAUCGCCCAGGAAAGUUCUAAAUGCGUGAAUUUCGGCCAAAAUGGUGAGAUUCAAAAUUCCCCCAUCCCGCUUCCCAAGCAAAAAAGAGUGUGUAUCAAGAAGUCUUCAGAGUGAAUGAAGAAAACAAUCAAAUAGAGAGCCACAGAAUAAGAUUAGAUACCAUUUUCCCAUGAGCGCGGUGAAAAGCAAGAGGGGAAAUUCAAUCUGUUUUUGUCAAAGAAUUGUGGAAAAACUCUGUGAUUUACUGAAGUUUGCGGGUUGGGAGAGAAUCCUUUUCACUCUGGACUUUUUGCACAUCUUACAUUUCUUCUUCACGCUCUCUUGCGCGCAUUUGAAUUUUUAAGUCUUUUUACCCUCAGCACCACAAAACAUUCAGCAUAUUUUCCCGAUGCGACGGAAGUUCCUUUGGUCGCCCUGCACUUCCUGCCAUGACGGGAAAUUGAAUAUUUCAAAGUGUAUGUCUCUUCCAACACACUUGCGAUGCUUUUUUCGCUGCGCGUUUGUCCGGACAAGGAAAAGAACUACACACAAUACUUUUCUAUCCCUCAUUAAUCAUCGUGAUUUACUGAAUUUUCACCACAACUCAACACACACUGGCCUUCAUCCCGAAUCUGCAUCUGGACUUAAUAAAUAGCUUCUCCCGCCCUUUUGGCCGCAAUUCCCGUUGAUGGAGCGGAAAACAAAGAACCAGAGUAUAUGGUGAGCUCAUGAGACGGGCGAAAAAUGAUUUUUAUAUUAAAAAAAAGAACAGACGAAAGUAAAGGAUAAAAUGAUGGAAUACGAGGGGAUAAAUUUUAAGUUAUUAGCAGCACAAACUGUCUUGGAGGAAGGAAAAUGGGCGGGGCAUUCGCGUGGGAAGGGCAUCGCUCACUUCUCACGAGACAGUCUGUGGUUCAUUUCAAAAUGUUUAGUUAUGCAUUCGAUGCAUCUUGGCACAAGAGGAAUUUACUAAUUGACAAGAGGAAAUUACAUAAGGAUCACACUUGUAAAGAAAACGAAUCCUUACAAAAAAGAGGUUAUAAUUAGACGAUAAAUAAAUGUAAAUAUAGUUGAAAAAACAAUGUUAAAAUGAACUACUAAUGGGAUACUAAUGAAGAAAUAUUCACUGGAAAUAAUGAAAAUUUAUAUAAUACAAAAUAAUCAACACUAGACUUAAGGAUAGUUAGUCAAUAAUAAUUUAUAAAGGAAGAAAAUAAAACAAAAAUUAAAUGAUAGAGAAAAACACUACUGAAUAAGUUACUAAUGUACUUAAUGAUAUUGUGAAACUUAAGUAUAAAUAACAUAGUGAAAGUGUAGAGCUAAAAUUUAGGGCCAUUGAGAAUCAAAUUGUUUUGUGAGGAAUGCUGAGAAAAGAUGGAGUUUAGAAGUAACACAUUUUAAGUGUAAAAUCAAAGUGUAAAACCAUUCAAUAGAAUACAUUUUAGUAUUGUAAGUCGCAUCAAAAAUGGGGUAUAAUGUUAAAGAUAGCUCAUGAGAAAAAUCAUCAAAAUCCACACUGAGAGAUUUUAUAUAAGUGUUUCAACUAAGGGUAUGUAAAUAACAAUCAAAAGUGGCAAAAAUGUAUUCAUUCUGUUAUUGAGAAGAUCGUUGAACAAAAGCAUCAAAUAAAUGGAAAAAAGAGAAGCUCAAAAAACUGUUAAGACACAAAAAAUACGUAUUGAGGUUAAAGCUUUAUAGAAACUGUGGGAUUUUUAAAGAACUAGAGAAGAAAUGACACAAAACUUUGUCGACAAAGUGCAUCAUUUGUCGACUGAGUUGUAAAAGUGUUGCAACUUCUCAGGAAAAUCAUUAAAUGUUUGAAAAAUAAUUUUUCACGUGGAAAAUUCCCAUGAAAGGAUUGUCAUUAAUACUUAUAUGGCAAUGAUAGUCUCUUUCCAGCAGCAAUUUUCUCACCAACAAAUCAUGCGAGAAGGAAUUGAGAAGGAUUGUAGUUGUUUCGAUAAAUUUGUUAAAAAUUUAAAAGCAAUAAAAACCCUUCAUUCUGUCUUCAUGCGAUGGGCAAAUGAAGGAUUUUUGUCAGUAUGAGGAGGCAAAGAUGAAUUGAAUGAAUGUGUGCCAAAGGAUGUCCGAAUAAACCAAUAAACCGACCAUUUGUCAAAAGCAAAGAUCCACCCAGACCACAUUUCAACACUGGUAAUCAAAGAAUGAGGAGCGUUUGAACAUCAAACAUUCUUGUAAAUAAAUGAAAACUCAAUAAAGUCGUGUAUAU